AUGGAUUCUCUUGACAAUAACCAUUUCUUGCGAUUCAAGUUCCCACGAAUUUCUUCUAAUACUCUUCGUGCAGCCGGUGUUUACUUUGCCGGAUCUCUUUAUGCUAUCGGAUUUUACUCACUACUCGACUCUGCACUCUAUUCAAAGCAUGUGAAUGGGUCCACAGUUCAUGUUAAGUUCGCCGACUGGCUUCCAUUUUUAUUUUCUUCGCUUGGAAUGCUGGUCAUUAAUUCAGUUGAUAAAUCUUUGCUUUCUGCUGCGAAUUUUUCCUUUGGAGCAUCUUCUUCAGGAUCUGCAGCUGAUUGGCAAGCUAAAGUGAUUUUAUUUAUGGGGUUUGCUCUGCUGGCAGGCGGCCUCGCUGGUAGUAUUGUUUUAUUGGUUCUUAGAUAUAUUGUCCCUAACUUCCCAAUGCCUACUCUGAGUAUGGGUAUUGAAAAUGUGGUUGCUAACGGAGCUGUAAUGCUAAGCUGUGUUGUUUUGUGGGUUGCGCAGAAUGUAGAGGAUGAAUAUAGUUACUCUCUCCAGUUAUAA